AUGGUUAUACUUAACUCUAUCUUUAUUUUGCAGAUAUGUUUUAUAUUUGCGGUUCUUGCAGUUCAAAUAGUACAUUCGAAACGCUUGGAUCCAGGACCGCAAACAUUUCCUGAACAAAUAUCAGCAACACAAAAUUCACAAAAGAGAUAUACUACAAAGGAGAUCGUCGUAUAUCUUACACCUAGCCAAAUUAGCGCUUUACGAGAAGGCAGAGGGUAUAUUGAUGCUCUCACAACCGAUCAAGCUGAAACUUCUGAAGGAAACCAGGAAGAAUCAGAAGAGUCUCUACAAGAACAAGAGGACAAUUUCCAAUCCUUUGUAGAAGCCUCUGAGGAAUUGGAAAAGGAAAACGAUGAGAUACCAUCAUUGAUACCAGCGGUAGAUUCUAAUUUGGAGGAAGUUAAAGAAGACCCGCAAUUUUCAUUAGUAUACAAUCAACCUCAAGAUAGGAAAUUUGUCCCAUCUCCUGAAGACAAUUACGCUUACUUAAGUUUUUAUCCCGAAUCUGAAACACAAACUGAAGAAAAUCGACUUGAAUCAGAAGAAAGCGAAGAAGAACCGGAAGAGGCUCAGCCAGAAUCCCUGCCCGAGACUCAGUCGGAAACUCCUCAACUGCAACUAUUUAAGCUUGUGCGGUAUGAAAGUGAUACUGUAAAAAGCACACCCACAACAACAAAGGCUCCUCAACAAAAGUCUCCUAAAGAACGCCGUCUACUAGUGUUGAAAAAAAAUCGCUCACAGUUGAGAAAGGCAUCACUUGUGCAAGGAAAAACCACUACUUCCGUAGAGCAACCACAAACUGAGCCUGAAACUAUCUUGUCAAAACUGCGGUUCUCUGCAAGAUACAGUAAUCAGAGACAAACAACUGAAAAUGACGACAAACGCAGAAAAAAUAUAUUAGAAAAACAAAAGGCCCUUAUUCAAGCCGAGGCUCGUAAUAAAAACGCUCCUGUUGUAGAUCGUAAAGAGCUGAAAGUAACAAAAUACCAACAGACACCUUCCAUAAAACGUGUAAAAGUUCCCACGCCCGUCUUAGUACCGUUAAACGAACUGAUUAAAGUAAAAGUUCCUCGCCCCUUCCCAGUGCCACUGGAAAUUAACAAGCCAAUUUUUGCCCAGACUGCAAAAGACAAAAAGGUGGAAGUGGAGGAUACUUCAGCUCCAGCUCGCACUGAAUGUACAUAUGCCCCUGAAACAUUAUCAACUGCAGCUGACAAGGCAUCCUUAGAAGAUCGCCGUAGACUUGCUGAAGCCAGGAAAGAAAUUUCUAUAGACGUUCCUUCGCGUAAACCAAAGAAAGUAACCAUUAUUCGACAUGUCUGGGAGAAAAAAUGA